AUGUAAAUCUUGUACGAAUUGAACAAGAAAUAGAAAAUUUAGAGCUCUUUAAAUGAUCAAAAAUGUAUUUUGAUGACGUAAUUUAUAAAUUAAUAUAUGUAGUCGAACUAUAUAUUUCUAUGUAAGUUAAUUUCAAUCGUUAUUUCCUUAAUGCAUUAUUCUAGCUUGUUUGUUUUUAAUAUUUUCAUUAAAUUUUAAAUUUAUUUCAUCUACUAAAAUUUAUUUUUCCAAAAAUCCUUCGUAAGAACGAACUUCUAACUAAGAAAAAAAGUAAGUAAGAGAAAUUAAAUAUUCUAUGUAAUUGAUAACAUUUUUUUAAACAGUAUCUUAUUAUUAAGAUACUUUAACAAGGUAUAAUUCAAAAAUCUGUAAGGAGGGGUGAUUAAGAGAUUUUAAGGAAAUAAAUAAAUACUAUAUUUUUUAAAAUUGAUUAAGCCUUUUAGAUUAGAUUAUGUGUAAAGUCCUUUAUAAAAAAAUUUCAGGCAAGUAAUUUCUUUCUUUCUUUCCCCUUCGAGAGAUUAAGAGUUACUAGUGAAAGUAGCGGCUUUGAAAUUAAAUGAAAGUGAAUGA